UCCAAUCAAUAACACGGAAACAAAAUAAAUCAACAACAUUGAGCCGGGAGCGUUGAGCUUUGUUCUCCUCAGGGAAUAAAUCGAGAACUGGAAAGUUCCCAAGAACAAAAUAAGCCACGACAGUAGGAAACAUGGCAACGAAGCUGGUUUGGAUAGCCAUUAUUGGUUUUGCUUGCCUCAUUUCUGGGGUUAUCUCCAGGGGAUCUGAGACACAUUCUGAGUUUUCUUACUUAGACAAUGAUUUCGUCGCAGCAAAAGCUUCCUCAUCUGCCCAGCCUCUCGUUGUCGCCCUCACUCUCAUUGAAGGAGCUGCUUCUAAGGGAGCUGUCUGUUUGGAUGGAACGCUGCCUGGCUACCACUUGCAUCGUGGGUUCGGAUCUGGGGCAAAUAGCUGGCUCAUUCAACUUGAGGGUGGAGGGUGGUGUAAUACCAUCAAGAGUUGUGUUUUUAGAAAAACUACUCGUCGUGGUUCCUCAAAACACAUGGAACAUCAAAUACCAUUCACGGGAAUUUUGAGCAACAAAGCUGAAGAAAACCCUGAUUUCUUCAACUGGAACAGAGUCAAAUUACGGUACUGUGAUGGGGCAUCUUUCAGCGGGGACAGCGAGGACAAGACUGCACAACUUCAAUUCAGAGGACAAAAAAUAUGGCUGGCUGCUAUGGAGGAGUUAAUGUCCAAGGGAAUGCAGAAUGCUGACCAGGCCCUUCUUUCUGGAUGCUCUGCUGGUGGCCUGGCAUCCAUAAUACAUUGUGAUGAAUUUCAGAGCUUGUUCCCUAAAUCUACCAAAGUAAAAUGUUUGGGCGAUGCAGGGCUUUUUCUUGAUGUAGUUGAUGUAUCUGGGGGACGCACAUUAAGGAAUCUGUUUGGAGGUGUUGUUAAAUUGCAGGGAGUACAAAAAAAUCUGCCGGAAAGGUGUCUUAACAAACUGGAUCCAACUUCGUGCUUCUUUCCUCAGAAUUUGAUCAACGAUGUUAAGACCCCUUUGUUUAUACUCAAUGCAGCCUAUGAUGCAUGGCAGCUCCAAGCCAGUUUAGCCCCGCCUUCAGCUGACCCCCAUGGCUCUUGGAAUAACUGCAAAUCAAACCAUGCAAAUUGUAAUUCAUCUCAAAUUCGGUUCCUCCAAGACUUCAGAAAUCAAAUGCUUAAUGUUUUGAAGGGAUUCUCACUGUCAUCUCAAACUGGAUUAUACAUAAACUCCUGUUUUGCUCAUUGCCAAUCUGAGAGACAGGAUACAUGGUUUGCUGAUGACUCUCCCCUGAUUAACAAGAAGCCAAUUGCGAUGGCUGUUGGAGACUGGUAUUUUGAUCGACAAGUUGUCAAAGCUAUUGACUGUGCAUACCCCUGUGACAAGACCUGCCAUAAUCUGGUCUUCAAUGACGAUGUGCCUACCCCAGUAGGGUCACAGUCAACAAGUGAUGGUAUAUUUUCCACAGUAGAUCCUCAGUCUUCAAGCGACGAUGCAACUAUCAUGGUAUACUCCUUCUCUCCAAGGUUGACUCUAACCCCUCUAUAUAUGCUGACUGCCUGGUCCCUUGUCGUUCACAUUUUGCUAACGCAAAAUGGAGAUCGUCUUUUUGUCCUUGUUCGAUCUUCCAUUUAAGCCAUUCAACAAACAUGAUAUCAAACAAGGUGUAAAAUCUGUACGUAGGUCCAUUUUCGCUGAGCAAAAUUGUAAAUGUGACAGCUCUGGUUGCAUAAUCAACAAUCUUAUUUUGAUUUUGGAGUU